CGCUGUACAUAACUAACCUUAGUAACUUACCAAGCAAUCCGCAGGUCUGGAGUAACCUAUUCCAGUACCAGAACGAGUCCACUCGUUCUCGAAAAUCUUUAGCAUGACUAGCCCCUUAUCCGUGACACAAUGAUCUAUCUCGUCAUCCAUGUUGAUUCCAAUCGCCGGUGCCACAUUCGACAGACACCUUGGCCCCAGACGUCCUCCUCCGCCAUCAAGGCCAUGUGCAGAAUAACAAGUUAGCAAUGCUUAAUCAUGCAGGGUGUCACGUCAGGCGCGCAUCCACUGCGACCUUCGUGCGCCUGGCCCGACACAGAGCGGUGCAUAGCCAGAGACGUGGACAACGGCAAGCAUGGAUAUCACCACCGUCGCAAUCGCGAUGGCAAUCGACAGUCGCAGCCGCACAUCCAUCGCCGGAACCCAUCCCGGAGCAGCUUGCCUCUCAAAGUCUGGCCAAACAAUCCGAGGCCAGAUUCAAUGAGAUCGGCGUCCAGCAUCUCAGCGCCCAUGUCUACGAUCAGGUCUUUCCAGGUGGAAACACCCCGGCGCCGAAGGAGUUGGUUGAGCUAUCAAGAGACCACCUCCGGCGCCAUGAUCUUCUCGGAAAGAACACCGACAACAACCCCCCUAUUGCCUUCGAUGUACCACCAAUACACGGGCGGACCCUCGAUGAACAUUUUCACAAGCUAGGCGUCGAUUGCGCCGAGCCAUUCCUCACCUACGCAAAGCAGUUUGCCAAAGAUAAUGCGCCUCCGCGACCGAGGAAAUGGGUGCGCCGAAGUGGUUGGACCAAGUACUACGCUGAUGGACGAUCUGAGCCUGUUGAGGCGCCCGACGACAAGCUCCUCUGUUUCGACACCGAGGUCAUGUGGAAAGAGAGCUCUUUCGCCGUCAUGGCCUGCGCAAUGAGUCCCAACGCAUGGUAUGCUUGGCUGUCACCAUGGCUUCUCGGCGAGUCUCAAGACGACAAACACCUGAUUCCACUCGGAGACCCUUCCGAGGAUAGAAUCAUUGUAGGGCACAAUAUUGGAUACGACAGAGCAAGAAUUCUGGAGGAAUACGACCUGAAGCAGACCAGAAAUUCAUUCCUCGACACCAUGUCUCUGCAUGUAGCUGUGAAUGGCAUGUGCUCACAACAGCGGCCUACAUGGAUGAAGCACAAAAAGAGCAGGGAGUUGCGGGACAAGAUCUCCAAGGAGACAGAUAGUGCCGAUCUCGCGAAUUUAUUGGCCAGCACCAACUUUAGGGAAGAGGAGGAGGAGCUUUGGGUCGAGAGAAGUGCCAUCAACUCGCUGAGAGAUGUCGCAAAGUUCCACCUCGACGUCACUCUGGAUAAAUCUGCUCGGGACGAUUUUGGCGGAUCGAGUCGGGACGAGAUCUUGGGCAAGCUUGACCACCUCUUAGAUUACUGCGCCGCCGAUGUCGCCGUGACUCACAGGGUCUACAAAAUUGUGUUCCCAAAUUUCUUGGAGACAUGCCCGCAUCCAGUCAGCUUUGCUGCGUUGCGGCACUUGUCGUCGGUCAUUCUACCAGUCGACGAAUCCUGGGAUGCAUAUAUCGCCAACGCAGAGGCAACAUAUCACAAGCUGUCCGAUGCCGUCACAGAACGGCUGAUAGGGCUGACGGAGAAGGCACUAGAAGUGAAACACGACUCGGAAACAUGGGAGAACGACCCUUGGCUGAGGCAACUCGAUUGGUCUGGCAUGGAAGUCAAGAUGGUCAAGGGCAAGAAGAAGGGCGACCCUCCAAGGCCUGCCGCUCGUCAAAAGAUGCCUGGGAUGCCGAAAUGGUACAAGGACCUCUUCCCAAAGAAGGACGAACCAAUCAAUAUCUCCGUCAGGACACGCAUAGCGCCGUUGUUGCUCAGGCUCAUGUGGGAUGGAUAUCCUUUACAUUGGUCGGACAAGUAUGGGUGGACAUUCAGGGUCCCUGUUGCCGACAUGUCGAAAUACAGGGAAACCCAGCUUGUUCGUUGCGACCUAAGUGACGAGCCCAUCGAGGCGCUCAAGGAAGAUCGCAACAACUUCUACUUCAAACUACCCCACAAGGAUGGUCCUACUGCACGGUGUGCGAAUCCUUUGGCCAAGGGUUACUUGACAUACUUUGACAAGGGAACGCUAUCUUCCGAAUAUGCCCUCGCCAAGGAAGCCCUCGAAAUGAACGCUUCUUGUUCCUACUGGAUCAGCGCUCGUGACAGAAUCAUGUCGCAAAUGGUCAUUUACAAUAACGAAAAGAUACCAGGAUCGGCAAGCGGCGGCAAGAGUCCGCAUAAGCAAGGAUUUAUUCUACCCCAAAUCAUUCCCAUGGGAACAAUCACUCGAAGAGCUGUCGAGAACACAUGGCUUACAGCUAGUAACGCAAAGAAGAAUCGUGUGGGUUCCGAAUUAAAGGCCAUGGUUCGAGCACCGCCAGGCUAUACUUUCGUGGGAGCUGACGUCGACUCCGAGGAGUUGUGGAUUGCAAGCGUCAUUGGUGAUGCGAUCUUCAAGCUACACGGCGGCAAUGCCAUCGGCUUCAUGACACUGGAAGGCACAAAGGCUGCAGGCACAGAUCUGCAUUCUCGAACGGCAUCCAUCCUCGGCAUAACCCGUAACGAUGCAAAGGUGUUCAACUACGGUCGCAUAUAUGGCGCGGGAUUAAAGUUUGCUGCCACGCUUCUCCGACAAUUCAAUCCGGGCCUUUCGGAGACGGAGACACUUGAUACUGCCGGCAAGCUCUAUGCCACCACCAAGGGUACCAAGACAAAUCGAAAGGCUUUAUACAAGCGAGCCUUCUGGCGUGGUGGUACCGAGUCGUUCGUCUUCAACAAGCUUGAGGAGUUUGCCGAGCAAGAUAAGCCUCGCACUCCCGUGCUUGGUGCUGGCAUUACAGAGGCUUUGAUGGGUCGCUUCGUCAGCAAAGGUGGCUUCUUAACCAGUCGUAUCAACUGGGCUAUCCAGUCCAGUGGUGUCGAUUAUCUGCACCUCCUCAUUGUCGGUAUGGACUUCUUGACUAGACGAUUCAACAUCGACGCCCGCCUUGCCAUCACGGUGCAUGACGAAAUCCGCUACCUCGUCAAGGACGAGGACAAGUACCGGGCAGCCAUGGCGUUGCAGAUCGCCAACCUCUGGACCAGGGCUAUGUUUGCACAGCAGGUAGGCAUCAACGAUCUACCACAAGCCUGCGCAUACUUCUCGGCGGUGGACAUCGAUCAUGUGCUCAGGAAGGAGGUCGAUAUGGACUGCAUUACGCCCAGUCAUUCAACAUCUAUCCCGCCAGGCGAGAGUUUGGAUAUCAUGCAGCUCCUCGAAAAGGGUAAACAGGCAUAUCUUGAUCCCUCGAUCGUUCCGGAGAAAUUCGCGCCGAACUUGGACAACAUCUCCUACACUCCACGAGUCCCCGUCAUGGAAUCUCUCAACGAGGUGACAGCCGCGGACGACCUGUCCUUUUUGAAGGCCCAGAUCACCAACGAUGAUGCAGAGCUCCGCGAUAUUCUAAAGAACCAGAAGAAAUCGUCAACUUCAGAUGCAGGCGGCUCGGGGUCUGCCAGCGGAGCAACGGGCUCCGCCAGAGGACGGCCAAGGAAGAUCCUGCCCUACAGUAGUCAGCCUCAGCUGAUUCCUCACAUGUAUGAGCCGUUUGAGAGCACAAAGUUUACGAAGAGCUUUGACGGCGGCAAGAAUAAGAAAUGGGUAUUCGAGCGCAUGCCGCCAAAGUCAAACAGGGGCUGGGGUCCACGAAUCUGAGCCUCUGUCGUUGCGAUAUAAGAUAGUUGAGUUUUGAAGAGGCAGGCUGUAGCAACAUCAGCCUACGCGCUGCUCUCUUUUGUGCGUGUACGAUGUUGGACGAUGUUUGGACAUGUAUCGUGAUGUAGAUAUUACUGGCAUAUAAUAUGGGAGGAAAGGUGGACUCGAUGAGCGGUAUCAAAAAGCGAUCAGGUUGCAUAGGGACGGCGUUGUGGCUUAGGUCAUACCAUGGUGGUUGUGCGCUUAUUGGCGGCAACGGAUGUAACUUAUUGUACAAUCAUAUAAAUCUACAAAAACACCCGUCAAGCGC